AGUGCCUACACUACCUGUAUCUCUCCUUCUCCCCCUUUCUCCCCCUCCCUCUCCGUCUCCCUUUUCCUCUUCUCUCCUUUUCCUUUCUUUUGCAUAGGGUUUAUGUCCCCCAAUUUCCUCUUCCGUAGAGUUAUAGGCUUUAUUUUUACCUUCAUUUUUUCCUAUUUUUUAUGACAAUUUCCAUUGCGUUGCAGGGCAUUACCGUAAGUUAGACUAUCGUUCCCAGCUUUUCUCUUUGCCUUGCCGGUAUGGUCAUACUUUACAUCACAUCAUCUCUCUCGCCCUCCCGGAACCCUUUUCUUUUCUUUUUUCCUUUUCUUUUUUUCCCUUCUCCUACGCACUUCCGAGGAUGUGGGUUUGCUUUUUCCGCGUGACUCUCAGGGAGAGCUUUGCUAUCCGGAGAAUAGUUUAUGCCAAUGUACUAGUACAGUAUACGAGUACCGGUACCGGUACUGGGUGCUCGGGCAUUCGUAGUGGAGCUUUCCUUUUUACUUUUUUAACAACCUUUCGGACGAUCCUAGUGUGUGGCACUCACCAAGGACUGGGGUGAGACGAAGUAUUUAAAGCUUCUGCUAACCCACCUUCACCUGCUCUGACCGCAUUCGUUUCCGUCGCCCGUAUCAAACUGUGCACUGAUAAUACUACUAUACCGAACACUCCUUCCACGACAACAGCUUACCGGCACUACUCAUUACGCCAUAACAGCAUAAUUCCUACUCCUCCUACCUCUUUGUCUACAAAAGGGCUCUACCCCUUCCUCCCACAUCCUGCCUCCCUCCAGAGCUCUGCCUUAGCUACCCACGUUGACCUACUACCUACCGUCUUGCAUAUACCCCCCCAAACAGCUGCCCAUCAUGCUCUCCUACAACGAGAAGUCAGGAGUCUAUGUCUCCACCCCAUCAGCGAUCCACACGAUGGGGAGAGUUCAAUCAAUACCAAGGCACGAGACACCACUCCGACACAUCUGGAUCAUAACGGGCCCAGCCGGCUGCGGAAAGUCCUCAGUAGCGGACUUUCUAGCAAAGCGUCUUAACCUACCAUACAUCGAAGGUGAUGACGUAGGCUCCCCCCUCCCCUCCCCCUCCCCCUUCUCCACCACCGCGCAAAGGUUCCACAAGCUAAUAGCGCAAGCAGUUUCAUCCCCGUUCCAACGUCGAAAAGAUGGCCAAUGGCAUCCCCUUGACCGAUGACGACCGCUGGGACUGGCUCGAAACGCUCCGCAACAAGGCCGUCGAGGAACUGCAAUCCGGAGCAGAUGGAUGCGUCGUCACCUGCUCGUGCCUGAAGCGUCGUUACCGAGAUGUCAUUCGCAUUGCCGGUCGGGAAGCCGACGACGUGGUUGUCCGAUUCGUCUACCUCCGCGCCAGCGAGGAAUUGCUGCUCAGGAGGGUCAAGGCGCGGAAGAACCACUACAUGAAGGACGACAUGGUGCAUAGCCAGUUCACGGCGUUGGAGGAGCCGGACGAGAGCGAGAUGGAUGUAAUCUCCGUCGAUGUCAGCGGGAGCCUAGCCAGCGUGCAGAACUUGACCAUGGAGAGGGUCGGGGGGUGUAUGGAGGCGGAGAGAUGA